AUGUCAAGGCCACUCGCAGGCCCCUCACCCCUCCCAGGUCCCAGCCCGCUCACAGGGCCAUCUCCACGCCCGCUAUCCGGUCCCUCGCCCCGCCCCGGCCCAGGGCCGAGCCCCAUCGCUCGCGCCCGCGGCCUCCCAUCGUCCACACCAACGCGAACGUCCUCGACCCUUCCCAGCGGCUCACCAAGUGUACCGAGCAAGCGCAGUGCCAGCAUCUCAAUGCCAGGACCAGGCAAGGAGAAGAAGGCCAAGCUGGCGCCCGGCAAUGCAUGGAUCGCAGGCCAGGUUGCUGCCAUGGAGGUUCAGUACAAGAAUGCGCUGGUCGCAGCCACUAUGAUCCUCCAAUUCCAAGCAGACUCAAAGGCCAUUGGAUACAAGAGCCGCCCACCCACACGUUUGCAGACGCGCCUCACGGCUGCAUGGCGAAACUAUGACGCGAUACGGCGACACGUCGAGUGGUACAUCUCCCAGAAUGUCGAGUACGCCGCGGCGCCUGACAAGUUCGCCGCACGUCGACCGGCCCCGCUCGCCCCGCAGCUCUUGCCGACACCAUCGCCCGCCAGCGCCGUCCCAGCGCACAUGCAACACACUCCUGCCGCUGCUUCGCCAGUCCCACUAUCCUCGGGUUUCCUGUCCAAGCCGGACCCGGCUGCCGUUGACAACAUCUUCGAAGGCAUGAGCAUCGAGGGCAUGAGCAUGGACGAGCUCAACGCCUUCAUUGGCGGCAGCGACUUUGCCCAAGUCCCACAGGUUGCGGCGGCUGUACAGCAGCAGCCCGAAGAUGCGAUGACACCUACAUCCAAGCUGUUCGCAUCACUAAACGCAUCCAACUCGCCCAAGGUGUCGCCCACGCAGCAGACGCAACCUACGCCGUCACAGCCACCUGCACCACCACCACCACCUGCCAUGCCGGCUGGAGGCGACGACGAUUUCGACUUCUCGAACGUAGACCUGAGCAACAUCGACCUGACCGCGUUCGACGGAAUAUUUGACGCCGACGGCGGCGCUGGAGGAGGAGCGGGCACUGGUGACGCCGGUACCAACACGACGAACGCGGCAGGCGUCACGUCGGUUCCAACCAAUACCUCGGCUCUUGCAAGCUCGUCCGCGUUCAACUUUGAGGCCUUCCUCAACUCUGGUGACGGUGCAGGCAACGCAGCAGGCCAGUCCCAGCUGCAGACACCAUCCCAGCCUAUGGAGGCAGCCCCAGGACAGGCGCCUGUAUCCGCACCCCAGCCCGAGCCUCCAGCGCCCCAGCCCGAGCCUUCAGCGCCCCAGCCACCCCUGCAGCAGCCCAUUCAACCACCCCUGCAGCAGCCCAUUCAACCACCCCAGCUCCCACCUCAGCCCCAGCAGCCGCCAGCGCAGCCAGCACCUGUACCUGCUCCGGCCCCAGCGCAGCCUGCUCCACCACCAGUGCCAGUACUCCCAGCAGCACCCCAGGACUCGUUUGACAGUGGCGAGUUUGGCGACAUUGACUUUGACGGGUUCAACUUUGACGACAUGCCCGACGUCAAUGGCGACGAGUUUGCGUCGCUCCUAGCAGAGUUCAAGUAG